AUGAAGCUACAGGUAGUUUCACUUUUGGUGGCGAUCAUAUCUCUGGCAUUUGCAGGUCCUAUUGACAACGGGAAAGACACAUGUGCUCAUACGUGUACGGAAACAUACAAGUUUGGGUACCGCCCAGGAAUAACUUAUGAGUAUGAUUACAAAGUUAAAACGUCUACUGGACUGCAAGGAACAUUGGACGGAUCGUCUGCCCUUGAGGUGACGGCAACAGUUCUGGUGGAGGCACUUUCCAAGUGUAAUUUUAUUCUCAAGGUUGAAAACACACAGUUGUACGAAAUCGACUUGCGUUCUGACAUUAAAAGGAAGUCGGAAGGGAGUAAACGUUUCAAAGAUGACCUGGAGCAACACGAACUGAAAUUUUCCUUCCAAAACGGCAUCAUAGACCGAAUUUGUGCGUCUCCAAACGAAUCAAUAUGGGUUCUGAAUGUUAAACGUGGAAUUUUGUCCGUCUUCCAGAACAGCAUGGAGAAUUUCAAUCAAGAUAAGACAUUAAAAGAGAGUGACGUCACCGGUACAUGUAACACAGAAUACACCGUGAUAUCGUCACAACAAAGUGGAUACGUGGUAAAGAAGACAAAAAAUCUUCUAAAGUGUUCUGGUCGUCACGAAAUCCGUACAGCCAUGCAUGGAGUCCCAUAUGGCGCUUCGACGGAGUUCCAGUCGUUACCAUUGAUGAAUAGUAAACAUCAAUGCCAGCAAGAAAUAUCCUCAGAUGGGCUUAUGAAUUCCGCAAGGUGUGUGGAAAGCCACUUGUUUGAACCUUUCUCUCGUAAGGGGAAGGUAACGUCCACCGAGAUCAUACAGAUACUUGAGUUUGUGCAGGAAACUACUCCAACAGCUACUGCACAAGGUAUUUUCACAAAUCAUCGGACAUUGCUGUAUGAGUAUGGCACUGAAGAGCCUAAAACUACAGUCAAGGAUGUUGAAACUGUCUUACAGCAAAUAUGUAAAAACACUCAUACUGACAUACGUCCAGAAUCCACAGCUCUGUUUUCAAAACUCGUCGAUAAGCUGCAAACCCUCGACAUACAGUCAAUUAAAGACGUUUAUCGCCAACUUAGCGACGGCCGUUUUUGUGUUCAAAAUCCCCGUGUAAGGAAGUUCUUUCUUGAUGCCAUUCCAUUAGCCGGAAGUACUAAUGCUCUGCGGUUUAUGACGGAACUAAUAAUGACUGAAGACGUCACGGGGCCAGAAGCUAACGUGUUGCUUACAACAUUGACAUUCAUGCAGUCUCCGUCAAAGCAAAUGCUUCAAGAACUGACGCCGCUCUUGUCUCUGCGUAGUGGAAAGGCACUUCUACCAGUGUCAUCUCUCGUCCAUACCUAUUGCAGAAGUACACCGUGUGAUGGGGAUGUGGAUAUUCAUAACAUAAUGGCUGCACUACAGAACAAUAUUGCAGCUGGAUGUUCUGUAGAUGAUGGCAACAUACGAUUGACUAUACUGAGUCUUCGUGCCAUCGGCAACACCGGACAGCCAAACCAAACCGUACAGAUAAUCAACAGCUGUUUAGCAAGAUCAGAAAACCCGAUUGAAGUUCGACUUGCUGCAAUCGAUGCCUUUCGUCAAUUUCCCUGUGAAAUUACGCGUUCUCACCUGUUGAUGAUGUUCACAAACAUGACGGAGGAUCCAGAGCUUCGAAUCACCUCAUAUCUCGCAGCGAUCAAAUGUGCUGAUACUGAUACCAUCGACAUCAUCAACACAACAUUGGAAGUAGAACAGGUUAAUCAAGUCGGAUCGUUCGUAUUGUCUCAUCUCACUAACCUAAAUGAAACAUCAAACCGCCAUAAGCAGGGGAUAAGAAACAUUCUGUCAACAUUUCAACUUGGAAACAAGUUCAAUCUUGACAAAACAAAGUUUUCCCAUAACUUUGAAAAAUCUAUUUUUCUUCAGCAAUACAAUAUUGGUUCAUCAUUUGAAAGUAAUGUUGUGUGGACACCGUCAUCUUUCGUUCCACGGUCAAUGAGUGCAAAUCUAACAAUUGACUUAUUUGGACGAUCUGUGAACCUCCUUGAUAUUGCCGGAAGGUUCGAAGGCUUGGAUGCUUUUCUGGAAUCUUAUUUUGGCCCCAAUGGAUAUUUUUCUGAUGGUGCUGGCAACGACUUUGCUCGACAGAUCACAAAAUCUAUGACAUUUAAAAAAAUGAUGGAUAUUGGAAGCAAGUUACCACGUGUCAAGAAAGUAAAAGGAGCUUUUUAUGUGAGAGUGUUUGGACAGGAGCUUGGCUACACUACUCUUAGUGAAGGAACAUCAAUAUUUGGUGAGGAGUUUAACAUUCUUGAAAUGUUGAUCAGUAUGUCUAAGAACCAGGAAUACACUAAAACACAAAAUGUCCAAUUUCUGGAUAGCAGAUUUUCCGUACCGACUUGUGCUGGGUUCCCGUUAAGUCUGACCGUCAAUGGAGUUGUUUCAAUUGAUGUGAAGGUUUCAGGAAAGAUGGACAUAAGGAAGCUCAUCACUAGCCCAAGAAGUGUUUCUAUAAAUGGAGCCAUUCAACCGAGCGCUGCGUUAGAAAUAUCGGGCUCGAUGACGUUGGAUGCCUUCGUGACAAGAAGCGGAAUUCAUGCUGUAUCAAAUAUACACACUAGUACAGUCUUACAGGGUAAAAUCGAAUACGUUGAAGGCCGAAACGUAGAUCUUGAACUCGACAUGCCGCGUGAAAAAAUUGAAAUAGUCAAUUUCAAAACGGCGUUCUUUCUUAUCAAGAACGAUAGUCACAGGGAAGAGAUCAUAAUUACAAAAAACAAACAAUCCCAACGCCUUUGUACCGGGGAUUUGGUCUCAACGUUAAGUGGUCUUCAACUAUGUAGCGAGUUGGAAUUUCUAAAUACUUCACUUCUGAAAGAUGUGCCACCUUUUCUACAGGCCGGAUCAUCAAAUAUAAAAAUACAUUUACUAAAGAUGGACAACAUGUCGGGGUACAAACUAGCAGCCAGGUUUAUAAAGACAAGACAAGCAGUAACAUUACAUCUAGAAAUUAACAGUCCUGGAUCAGACAUAGAUCGUCGUAUUGGAGCCGAUUUCGCCAUGGAUAAGAUAGACCCAUCUUUUACCUUGAACAUAUUCUCACCAUGGAAAAAAGCAACAUUCAACGGUGCUUUACAAAAUAGUCGUUCGUUGAGGCGGGUUUUCGGCAGAUUAUCUCUUGAUUCCAGUCACGAUUAUUAUGUAAAUGCUGAACUUCUUCGCAGUCGUCGAGGACAUUCCAUUAUUUACACACCAACCUUUGAACUUCGUCUUCCUACACGUGACCCUAUCAGACUCGAAGGCAAAAUUGUCUACCUACCAUUUAAAACCAUUGACAUGGAUAUGAUGCUCUCUGGUAUAACGACAUCGCCAGUAACGACUAAAGGUUUGUCACAAUGA